AUGACGCAUUCACUUUGCUCUGAUAUUUGUAAAGCAAAACGGAAAACAAAUUGUUUUCCAGGUCUGUUUGAUCGAAUAUCUGGAUUGCCGGGUCAACCCAAAGUCGGGUUCCAACAGUACUCGGGCUAUGUGACCGUCGAUGAGAAGAAACAGAGAGCUUUGUUUUACUACUUCGCAGAAGCUGAAGUAGAUCCAGCUUCAAAGCCUCUCGUCCUUUGGCUCAACGGGGGCCUGGAUGCUCUUCAAUUGGGGUUGGAGCCUUUUCUGAGAAUGGACCGUUUAGGCCUAGUGGUGAAGUGCUGGUCAAGAACGAAUAUAGCUGGAAUAGAGAGGCCAAUAUGUUGUAUUUGGAGUCCCCGAUUGGAGUUGGCUUCUCUUAUUCUGUAGACGGAUCCGCAUAUGAGGCUGUUGGUGACAAGAUCGCUGGUAAAAACUCUCCAUUCUAAACCCAUUUUCGUAAUAUUU